UUCUACUCUCCGUUGUCUUCGCGCUUCUAAAACGCAGUUUCCGCGAAUCCGUGCUAGACGAGAUAAGUGCGCUGUGAUGUUGGAUGUCAGAUUGCCGUGUGUCAAGAUAGACGGAUGAAAAGAUCAGUAACAGAUUGCAUCAAAAGUUAUCACAAAUGCAGUCAACAUGGAUUCCAACGUCGGUCUUGACUACAUUGUUGAUAACCCAGAUUAUUGCAAUAAACUUGCUUCAGCUCUCGACACAGCAUGCACUUCCGUGAAGAAACAAGUCGUAGAGCUAUUGUCGGCUCUCUGUGUUUAUAGUCAGGAUGGUAGACAACGUGCUAUCGAUACUCUUCAUAUCUACCAGGAACGAAAAGGUGAACGUUAUCGGUUGCGAGCUAUUGUAGAUGAACUGCAAAAAGCUACAGCUGAAGAUUAUCAAGCAGCAUUGCUGGCAUUCAUCAACUGCUUGGUUAUCUCAACACCAGUUCUCAAGGAUCGUGUUCGCAUACGCAAUGAAUUCAUUGGAUUGAAGCUGCUCCCAAUCUUAAAUGACCUACGGAAGCAGAAGAGUCAAUACUCUGAUUUGAGAGUCCAGUUAGAGGUGUUUGAUGAUCAAAGAGAGACUGAUGAAGAGUUAACUAAUCAAGGACCACCUGGCAUAGAUUUAUCAUCACAUGUCGAUGUAUUCUAUGCUAUUCUAGGACAGAUUGCCGAUACUCCACAAGAAAUUCCAUUUCUAAGUAUUUUGCAACAUCUUUUGCGAUUAGAUCCCAAAGAACCUGCCAGUGAUCUUGCUUGGGAUACAGCUGAAACACUAGUUCACAGAGCAACAUUGCUAGAGAGUCGUGAAGAUGUUGCGAAGCUUCUAAGAUCACCAAGCCAGACAAAUUUAUGCUGUCACUGUCGAGUGGGCGAUCAAACUUGUGGAUCAUCUCGAAAAGCUUCGCUUCCAGCCAGUAGUCCAGCUCCUCCGCCUCCUCCGCUACCAGCUACUGAAGUCGUUCCAGAUUCAUCUUCAGUCAUUCCUCCACCUCCUCCUUUAGCACCUCCUGAUCCACCUACGAUUACUCUGGUGCCACCACCACCUCCUCCUCUUCUUGUCAACGUUUCUACCCCUGAUGUAGCAAUGGAACCACCUCUACCUCCUCCACUUCAUGUUCCAGCUGUUCACCGGGUUCCAACCCCUGAACCUCCCAAUAAUAAUGCUAAGCUGUUGCCACAACAGGAAACACCUACUCCGAAGACUAAAAUGAAGACUAUUAAUUGGAAUAAAAUCCCAAAUCAUAAGGUCAUUGGCAAGAGAAACAUUUGGUCCUUAGUUGCCAAUGAACAUCAGAAUUCACCGAUGGCUGAUUUAGACUGGGCUGAAAUGGAAGGAUUAUUCUGUCAGCAAAUACCACCAGUAGGUCCUCCAGCCACUUGUGUUUCAAGUAAUGGACCUGGUGUUGAUGCUGAACGUCGUCGACGAGAACCAACUGAAAUUGCAUUGCUUGAUGGAAAGAGAAGCUUAAAUGUGAAUAUCUUCCUCAAACAAUUCCGUAGCUCAAAUGAAGAUAUAAUUCAAUUAAUUCGUGAUGGAGGACAUGAUGAUAUUGGUGCUGAAAAAUUAAGAGGUUUAUUGAAAAUUUUGCCAGAAGUUGAUGAACUCGAAAUGCUUAAGAGUUUCGAUGGGGAUAAAUCGAAGCUUGGAAAUGCUGAAAAAUUUUUCCUUCAACUAAUUCAAGUGCCCAACUACAAGUUGCGCAUUGAGUGCAUGCUAUUAAAAGAAGAAUUUGCUGCUAAUAUGAGUUACUUGGAACCCAGUAUUAGUUCAAUGAUUCUUGCUGGAGAAGAUUUGAUGACUAAUAAGCCACUUCAAGAGGUGCUUUAUAUGGUAGUAGUUGCAGGAAACUUUUUAAAUUCGGGAGGAUAUGCUGGCAAUGCUGCUGGUGUAAAAUUGUCAUCACUCCAAAAAUUAACUGAAAUUCGAGCAAAUAAACCAGGCAUGAAUCUUAUCCAUUAUGUUGCAUUGCAAGCAGAGAGGAAGAGGAAAGAUUUAUUGAAUUUUUCACGAAAUAUGAAUGCUCUAGAAGCAGCGACAAAGACUACUAUCGAACAAUUGAAUAACGAAUUUAAUACAUUAGAUACGAAAAUAAAAAAAAUAAAGACUCAAAUUCAAUUGCCAUCUACAGAAAGUGAUAUUCAGGAACAAAUGGCACAAUUUUUACAGAUGGCUGAGCAAGAAAUGGCUCAAUUGAAACGUGAUAUGGGAGAGUUAGAAGGUGUUAGACGCUCUCUUGCUGAAUUUUUCUGUGAAGAUAUAAAUACUUUUAAAAUUGAAGAGUGUUUCAAAAUAUUUCAUCAAUUUUGCCAGAAAUUUAAUCAAGCUAUUGCUGAAAAUGAGAGACGUAGAAUACAGGAAGAGCAAGUUAAUGCUAGACGUAGACAGCGAGAAGAACAACUGAUGGCUAAGAAACGACUUCUUAAUAAUCAAGCAGAAGUUCCUGGAUCAGAAUCAGAAUCUAACUUGAUGGAUUAUGGGUUGCUAGAUAUUCAAAGCUUUGCAAGGCAGUCAUACAAUCGAAGUGAAGCCAAAUUAAAAAGAUUACAAAAUGGUGGUGUUACUUCUGAUGAAGAUAUUUCAAUUACUGGAUCUCCGAGCAUUCGACGUCGUCUUGGAUCAUGUUCAGGCGGUCCUGAUCAACAAGUUACCAAAGAAGACACAUACUCACCUGAUAUAACACCCAAUGGUACCCUUCGUCGUCGACGUAGUCGUAUACCUGUUGAAGACGAUGAUAAUAAUUUAAUGGACUUUUUGAGGACGUCUGGACAAGAAAAUACACGAGAAAGAAAAUCAUGGGGAAGUUUAGAUCGAUCAUGGGCAAGAAGAGCAAGAGGACAACCACGCCGAAGUGAUUUAUUGAACGCAGAUUUUUCUGGAGACAGAGAAAGGCCAAAUUCUCCAUCGCCACUUGCUGAAAAUAAACCAUUCUUGCAGGAAGAGGAGACAAAACCAACUGGACGAGCUUGGCGACAAAAAAUAGAAGCAUGGUUAUCAGAAAAUGAGAAAGAGGAACGUGCAGGAGUGGAAUUGCAGAGAAAAGCGCGACAAUUGCAGGCUAACCGAAAGUCCUUCGAGGAUUCGGAAAACGAAGGCAAGACAAACACACAGGCAGAAGAGAAUUCAGUUCGCGCAGGAUAUUCGAAUGUUUAUGAUUGGCGUCCAUCUGUUGAGAAAACUGAUGUAAUGAGAACGAUGGAAGCAAUUGAAGAAGUGCAACCUCAACCACAAACUGACAAAUCACCUUGGAGAAAAUCCAGCUUAAAUGUUCCAAGUAGUCCCGAGGAAAUAGAUCCAAGACAUUCUCGAAGACAUCGAUCACGUUUAGUCUCAGAUAAUGUGUUAGGAUCAAGCACUCUGCAUGCUAUAAGAGAAGAAGAACGUAAGAAAAAUAAACCGACUGAUCUUCUUUCUGAUGGCCAAGAUGAGCUCACAAUAUAUCUUCGUGCUCCAUGUAUCACAGCACCAAGCUCUGCUGUUCGUCGAUUUUCGAAAUCAAAUAAAAAAAUUAAUGAAGAAGACAAAGUCAGUGAUAAAAUUGAAAUUGAUUCAGAUAAUAUUGAAACACCGCCAGUUACAAGAAGGGUAUUUAGUCCUCCAAGGGAGGUAAAGCCAGUGGAAAAAGAGCCGUGUAAACGAGAACGAUGUAAUAGUUCUUUACAAGGAAAAGAAGUGAAAGUAAACACUACAAAACCAGUAACAACAAGCUCUGAUUUAGGAAGUGGCAAUUUCGAUCGGUAUGCAGCAGCCCGGAAGACAAGAAGAUAUAAAAAGAACCAAGAAAAUCCGUUAGACAAGGAUCAAAUUGGCAAACAGGAUUCAGAAAAUACUGAAGAAAAGCCUCAAAGGCCAAGUACUCUUGCUCUGACUGAAGAUAGUAAUCUAGAUGAAGACCAGAUGCUAAAAGUAUGGCAGGAUAAGUUGAAACGUCGUCACGCAUCUAAUGAUAUGGAUUCAGUUCUGGCAGAGAUUGCAAAGUCCGGAGAAGAGCUUCAAAAAGCAGGUCGUCCAAGGCAUUCAAGAUUACCUAUUAGUCAGCCAGCACCAGUGUUAGCAGUGACUAAUACAGUACUUAGCCCAGUUAUGCAAGAGUCCAGACCACGAGAAAUGAUUCCAGUGUGGCCUGAGAGAGCUAUUUCUUGUAGAGAAAGACAUAGAAGUAUGAUAGAUCCUAGUCAAGUUAAAGAAGCUUUGAGUCUGACAAAUAAUCCACCAAGUCAGGUGAACAAUGAAUCAAACACAAUGAUUAUUGGUCUUACUAGUGAUCAUGAAUUACUUCCAGUGCAUCGAGUUCCUUCCCCAGAGCCACAGAAUGAUCAGGUAGAUCAGAGUGUUGUUGAUGUUAACAGGUUAAACGAAAUUCAGAACAAUCAAGUUGAUUCUACAAUGGAUAUUGAUGAAGAUAAAAUGUCAACAAGUCCACCAAAAGAAUCUACAUUGUUUAAGAGAAAAAUUAUUACUGAUAUCAAUAUAUCAUCUUCUUCUCCGCUGGUUGUAAAAGGAAAAGAGCAAGAAUUAAAUGAUGAAGGGUUUGAAGAAACUCAAAGUCUUGUUUCUGAAUCGCUGAGUCAGGAAACAUCUUCGGGAAAUUAUGAAACAGAUAUUCAUGAUACUCCACGUUGUUCUCCAGCUGAGAUGCAUUUUGUUGAAAAAGAUUCUGGAGAAAAUAAGAAAAGAGUUAUAGGAAAAGAUGAGAUUGCUCGUUUAAAAGCGUUUAGACCUCGAACAGGGUCUUCAAACCAAAUAAAUAAUGAAAAGUCCAGUUUCCUACCGAAGAAAUCUGAAAGCCCAAAGCGUGAAGUAUUGAAGAAAACUGAUUCUAACAAGAAAAUUGUUCCUUUAAUUAAGAAAAGCUCUUCAUUGCGUAACGAAGUGGAGAAAUCAGGAUCAAGAAGUAGUUUAAAAAGCUCGAGAAGUUCAUUAAAUAGUGCAACCUCUGUUAACACUGUUCGUAAGUUAGCUCCUUCUCACACCCGACUCAGAGGAUAUAAUACAGCUAUUGCUGAAUGUGCCAUGACAAGUGAUCUCCGUAAAAAUACCGGUAAUACUAAAGGACUUUCUUCUAGUACGAAAGAAAACGAUAAACGACAGACUGCAUCUCGGACCAGUGUUACGAGAAUUCCAGCCAGUAGAAGUAGUAGCAGUGGUAGUAGUGUUGGCCCUGUUGCUCGAAAUAUUAAAAAAGUUCCUAACGGCUUGAGCGAUUUAUCAAACAAUGUGGCUGUAAGACCUCGACCAGUAGUUACCAGAAGUAGCAGCAGUGUUUCUACUCAUCCAAUGUUACAAAACAGAACAGUAAGUUCAAGGACUUUAACAUCGACUCCGAGUAGAAGUAAACUUGUCCAACCUCGAAAUCACAGUUUUAUGAGGCCAACAACUUCUAGUGUAAACAAAGGAUCAAUUCCUAAUCUUCCUAAAAGCAUAAAGAGUAUGGUAAAGUAAUUAGGGAUGAUAAAAGGUAAUAAAAAUACCAACUUUUUAAUAGGAUAUUUAAUUACAUCCAAUAUUAAAUAUCGGACUGAUAAAAUGCUUUAGAUUAAUUUGCAGGAUGGCAAAGAGAGUUUAAUACUCCUGAAUUACUGAAAAAAAAAAUAUUUUAUAGUUUUAUUGGCGCUUUUAAAGCGUAACCGAUUAUAGUCUUAUGUAAAGUUUAUCAAACUCGUUAACAAAUUUUAUUAACCAUCGAUGUAAUGAAUUUUAUAAUUGUAUAUUUAAAUUUAUCUUAACACCAAACGUAAAUAGUCCAUAUUAAAGAUGUUAUUUAUAAGUUAUAUCUUAAAUAAUUAAUGUCUAAAAGAGAAGAUUGACAGUUUGGUAUUUGGAUAUUUUUUAUUCUGACAUUGAAAUUCAUCAAUAACGAUUACCAAAGUUUAUCGAAACCAAUAAUAAACGUACGAUAGCCAACGAAUCAGUUCAUAUAGUCAUGAGUUCAAGAUCAUAAAAAAAUUUUAGAUAGUUUGAAAAAUCAUUAAUGUAACUUAAAGGUUUAAUGAUGAUAUUUAAGUGCCAUGUGACUUGCAACUGAGCCGGCUUUCUUUUUUAGGUACACUGAUCGUUAAUAGCGAUUGAUAUAUCACUUUAAUUGCCGCUCAAACUAACUUUAUCAAUUUUUUAUCACAACUUUUAUCUAAAAGGCAUUCGUUAGGGAAAAUGAAUAUUAAUGGAAUUUAUAAUAAAUUAUAUUUUAUAGAUCGCACUGGUUGUGACGAUUGUUGAUUGAUAAAAAAAAAAUAAAAAGAAUUAAUCAAAACAAAAA